GCUAACUUCACCCUUGGACAUCACAACAAACCACCCCACCAACACACACACCCCCACAACACCACCCGACAAAAUGGCAAAGGAGAAGAAGGACAAGACCCCGAAGAAGGCAAAGUCGGAAGCCGUCGCACCAGCAACGCCAGGAGGCGACGAGGACGCCAGCGCCGUUUCGUACGAAACCCGUGUGCUCGCAUGCAACCCCAUUGCCCACCCGCUGGCAAGCAAGAAGCUUACAAAGAAGGUCUUGAAGACUGUCAAGAAGGCCGCUAAGACAAAGAACGUACGGAGAGGGGUGAAGGAAGUCGUCAAGGCGAUAAGGAAAGGCCAAAAGGGCGUCGUCGUAAUUGCAGGAGACAUCUCACCCGUCGACGUGAUCACGCACGUCCCGGUGAUGUGCGAGGAGGCCAACGUUUCGUACAUCUACGUACCAUCGAAAGAGGAGCUGGGAAAUGCGGGAGCAACAAAGCGGGCGACAUCAGUGAUUUUAGUAGUGGCGAAGGAUAAGAAGGAUAUCGACUACGCAGACCUCUACGAGGAGGUCGCUGAUGAGGUCAAGGAGCUCAACAAGAAGCUUAUCACCACCGUUUAGAGCGUUAGGGGAACUGUAGAUGGAAACCCUUUUCUGAUAGAUAUCACAUUGCCGACCGCAAAGGAGACCGGAUGCUGCGUUCGUCUUGCCCUUAGUUUAUCUGCAUCCACCCGUUCUUUCCGCCACUAUGCACUCGCUCGAUGCUGCUCCUCCCCUUUUUGUUAAUUCUUGUACCAUAUUUAACAUGCGCUCCAUUUUCUCAACG